AUGCCUACUUGUUUUUUAUGUAAACAACAUUUUGUUAAUAGUAAUAUCCUUUUUAAACACUUUGAUCUAUAUCAUCCUCAAAGUAUUGAUUCUUAUCUUUGUGCCGAAGGAAAUUGUUUAAGAUCGUUUUCCUUAAAAAAUUCUUUUCGAAAACAUUUGUUAAACCAUAAGACAAUAGAAACUAUUGAAACAAGUUCUGACAUCAUUAUACAACCUUCUACUUCCCAGCAACUCAAUGAAGAUAUUUUAUUAAAUUCUAUAACUCCUACAUCAGAUAAUGUAUCUAAUCCAACAGAUUUUUUAAAUAAAUCAAUAAGUUGUUUUCUUGCGUCUCUUUAUGCAAAUCCAGUUAUGCCAAGAAAUGCUGUUCAACUGGUGGUUGAUGGUAUCGAUAAGGUUAUAACACAAGGUAUUUUACCGUGUAUUGAUUAUUAUGCCGAGCAAUUAUUGAACCAUGGUGAAAUUUCCCCAAAAUCUUUUGAGGCUUCUAAACAUAUUUUGAAAGUUAUUGAAAACCCUGUAUCAAUUUUAAAAGUGAACAUAAAAGAUUUAAAUAUUUCAGUGAGCAAUUAUGUACAUAUAUAG